AUGAAGUCAAUCCCCGUGAUGGUAUUGCUGGCACUCCCGUGGUUCCUCGCUGACGUUCGCGGUUACUCCAAGACGUACCCGGAAUUCGGCAAGCACGGCUACUGGUUCGAGAAUCUCAUGGACCUCUCUGUGCUGAACAUGGCUGCGGCUGCCCCCGGUGCCGAAGAAGCGGGGUCACCGUUCCGUCAGAAGCUGCUGCACUGUUGUGGGUCCACGCGGUGGGUGGCAGAAAUGUCAAAGAGGUUCCCCGUGCGGGACUUUGCUGAGCUUUGCCAAGCUGCCGACGCUGUUGACGCCUCGUUGACAAGAGAAGAUUGGCUGGAAGCGUUUGCAGCUCACCCGAGGGCUACGAAGAACGCAGAUGACGCUGUACUAGACCGACUAGAGGAGCUCAACAAUGCGUACUACAAGAAGUUCGGAUACAUCUAUAUCGUGUGUGCUACUGGGAAGUCUGCUCCUGAAAUGCUUAGGAUUCUUGAAACCCGAAUGGAUAAGAGAUCCGAAGACGAACUUCCGGUGGCUGCAGGCGAGCAAAGCAAGAUCACGAAGAUCCGACUGGAAAAGCUUCUUCAAGAGUAAGCAAUGACCCGAGUUUGUCUUUGUUUCUGCAACAAAGUUAUGGUACUACGUAGUAGUUCCUUGCUUCCUUGGUUUUGCGACACUAAUUGAGUUUUGUACUUCGAUAAACUGCGAAAGUAUGCCAAACUUUAA